AUGGAAGAAGAACUCAAGAACUUCACCAAGGUUUGGAUUUCGGCAAUCAUCUCCAUAUCUUAUUGUUACUACUUAUCAACCAGAAUCAAAUCUGGAGUCUUGCGAUUACUCUCUGUUCUUCCUGUUUGUGUUUUGUUUCUUCUUCUUCCUCUGUUUUUCUCCUCUGUUCAUUUCACUGGAUCCAUUGCUUUUUUCAUCUCAUGGCUUGCUAAUUUCAAGCUCAUACUCUUCGCCUUCGAUAAAGGUCCUCUUUCCCCACUUCCACCUAAUCUCUCCUUAUUCAUUUCCUUUACUUGCUUCCCAAUCAACAACACUCGAGAAAACCCUAAGCCUAAAAAUCAUUUGCCCAAAUGGGUUUUCGCCAUUAAAGUUGUCAUCUUUGAUGCGUUUUUAUAUUUCUAUUGCAAUUGCAAACAUUACAAACAGACUCCCCCACCUAUCGUCCUUUGGUGUCUUCAUGUUCUGCAUAUUUACUUAGAGGUUGAGAUUAUUUUAAUGGUCGUCGUCAAAGUUCUCGUCUUUGUCUUUCUUGGGUGUGACAUUGAGCCACAUUCCAACGAACCAUACUUAGCCACCUCUCUUCAAGACUUCUGGGGUCGCCGGUGGAAUCUCAUGGUUCCGGCGAUUCUUCGACCUGCCGUUUACACCCCAAUACGGCGGGUCUGUGAGCGGAAGUUGAACUCCGAUCUGGCUAUGUUUCUAGGUUAUUUGACCACAUUUAUAGUUUCCGGCGCAAUUCACGAGCUGAUGUGUUUCUAUUUGACACGUGAGUUGCCUACGGGAGAAGUUACUCUGUUCUUCGUGUUGAAUGGGGUUUGUACUGCGGCGGAGGUCGCCGUGAAGAAGAAGUUUGCGCAGCGGCUGUGGAGAAUGAGUCCGAUGGUUUCACGACUGCUCACGGUCGGGUUUGUGGUUGUGACUAGUGGUUGGUUGUUUUUCCCUCCUCUGAUAAGGAAGGGCGUGAUCGAGAGACUCGCUAAGGAAGCCUUCUUGGUCAACGAUCUAAGAGGACUUAUCCGAUCUGGUUUUUUGAUUGAUCUAUACUAA